AUCAUUGCCAACGCCUCCACUGUCUCUCUCUUUUCUCGAAUGGGUGUAUGCCCAAACACACACACACGCACACGCACACACACACACACACACACACACACACCUCAUCUCGUGUGACAACACUCGGCAACUUCCAGGCCUGGAUUAAAACUUAAAGGCUUUAAAAGAUGCCAUGACCGUCCUCUGACUUUUAGUUCGGCAAGUAGAGUGCUUUUAAACAGCCUCUGUCUCUCUCUGGCUCAAACGUGUAUUUUAACAUCAUGGCUGAUCACUGUUCCAUCAACACGUCCGAGUCUCCACCCUUCUCUGCCAUGUAUCGCCUUCAGACGCAAGGUCAAAGAUCAAACUACAAUCUUGUACAGAACAGUCCGGUGAGCAGAAUAAACCAAUAUGAAGAUAGCAGCCUUUUAAAUGACCCUGCUAACAAUUGUGCCAAUGCUGGAACAAGUAUGAACGGAGUUGGUGAGCAGAUAAAUACAGCAUUCUGGGAUAUGGAGUCUUUGAUCUCGUCUCAACCUGGUGCAUUCAACAGAACCAAAGCGCACAGUGAAAGAUAUGAGGAAGAAUGGAAUUCCAGUUCACAGCAGCAGGAUUCAAUGGAAAAUUAUGAUAACACCGGAGGGAAUCAUCAGAAACUCGAUUCUUUCUCUGAGGCAUUUUAUUGCAGAAACUUUCAGAGAAUUGCCAAUUGUGUUGACCAGGUUGGAUACAAUGUUGAUCCAAACAACUCUCCCAACAUUCCACCUCUAUCCUCCCUCUCUUUCCCUCUGGUUUUGAGCCCUCCUCCUACGCCACUUCCUCAGCCGUCUCUCUCUCCGCCAAAACGGAGUCUUUAUCCUCCUGUUACACAGUCACUGAGCCAAACACAAUCGCAGUCCCCUUCUGAAGGUUCUUUGCGGUUCUUUCCACCUCUUUCUUCUACCAGUUCCAUUCUUCCUGGAAGUUUCGCUCCUACUCACUGGCUCCCACUUUCCACUGACACCAGUGGGAAUGGAGACAUAACACAGCACCUUCCUCAAGACCCAGGUCCGUCUUCAGUCUUCCCAGAGGGGAUGGGGAUUCAUCUAAGAGACCUGAGUGCUACGGAGGGAGACACAGACUGUUCUUUAGAGACAUCUCCAUGUUCACCUCUGGUGCAACAUCCACCCCCACAAUCUGUUCCCAAAACUGAGAGGGAGCAUUGCCCUGUGACCUCUGAACAUCACAUGACAUGGUCCCAGAUGAUGUCAUCCCAACAAUUUUGCCAUUCAAUCCAUGACUUGAACAAUCAGGGAGAGUCAUUGAGGGUGCAUGAGGAGGCAAAGCCCAUUGCAGGAGUCCAGCGAACACCAUUGUUAUGUUUGUCCAGCUCACAGAAUAAUCAGCCGGCAGUCUACACUGGAAUUCCAUUCCACAGUGUCCUCCAGAUAGGAACACUGAGGGGAGAUCAGGAACACAUGACUCGUCACUACACUCCACUUCCCAUGUUGAAUCCCACUCGCAGUGGAACAGGGCUGUACUGUAACCUGCUGCCUUCACUGAACCACCAGGAACAGUGGUCAGAGGAAACCGGACAUCGUGCUCUACAGAGGCAUGUGAAUAUAGGGCCGGAGUUUCAGGCUGAGAUUCCUGACCUGCUGGAGCAGGAGGAGAUAGAGUUGCAGUCUCAGGAACCACUGCAGGAGGAGUUACUUUGGAAACCAUGGGCAGAAUUAGAGAGGAAUGAUAACCUACUAGAGCAGGUGGAGAAUCUUCUAGAUCUCAGUACCUCUACUGCUUUACCUGAAGGUGUUGCUAAUCUGGAGCUUGCCCUUCAUAGCCUGUACUUAUGCCAAGGAAACGUACUGGCUGCUUUGGAGAUGAUGUUUUUCUCAAACUCAAAACCCUCAAGAGACUACCACUAUUCCGGUAGUGACAUCUGGCGGUUGAGUGAGCAGAAAUUAUUUCAAAAGGCCUUCGCCAUGUAUGGAAAAGACUUCUCAUUCAUUCACAAAAUGGUACAGUCAAAGGGGGUGUCACAGUGUGUGGAAUACUACUAUCACUCCAAACGGCUCAGAGAGAAACAGAGAAAGUUGAAGGAGAAAGAAGCGCAACAGCAGCAGCAGCAGCAGCAGCAGCAACAAAUGGCUGCAGAAACACUUACUCCAACCAACCAGGUCAUGGUGAUGAACUCUAUUAAUGUAGACAGGCUAAUUCAUACACCUGCGCUGGCUCCAAGCUUUCCCUGCAAACAAUGCGGAAAGAUGUUUUACAAGAUCAAAAGCAGAAAUGCUCACAUGAAGAUCCAUCGUCAGCAGCAGGAGGACUGGAGGGAGAGAAUCCAUCCUAACAAUCACCUUAGCCUGACCCAUGCCCUGCAGAACCAAAACCGAACCCUGACCAAUCCAAACCAGCUUGUUACACAGGGUCACUCAAACCAGUUAUUAACCCAAAGCCUGAUCCAGAACCUGGUGCAGACUCAGGCUCAGCUUGCUUUUAUCCAGAGCAGUAAGACUCAAAAUCCAUGUUUCACUACUGCCAUCAGCAGUGCAAAUUCCUCACAAAGCCCACAGAUGGCUUCCAAAGCCCCAGCUCUACCACUUUACAGAGGCCCCCAACAGACAUGGGGUGCCAUUCAUGGUAGCUUGGAGUCUGGUCUGUAUUACGACUAGUAAAGAAGCACAGGUGAGGAUUCAGGCUUUAUUUCCUAGCAACAAUUCAAUGAUAAUUUUCCUUGUCCAUUUCAGGAACAGUAAAACUGACAGGUAGCUUAGGAUUGUACACUUUCAAAGUUCAUUAAAAAAUCUCUACUGACUUUCACACACAGUCUUCAAAUCUUUAUAAAAAUGAACAAUCCUCAUUUCAAGAUUUCCUAAUGUCUACUAUCAUUGUUUCUUAAUCAUUCACUCAUAUUUAAGGCAAAUAAAAAAAAUGCUUUUG